CGUUACGUACGCCGCCGUGGCGUCGCCGUGCGAGCCCAAAUAACAUGGAGUCCUCUGCAUGGCAUCUUCCAGGGAUCCGUGCGACGGACCAGACCUGAGCAGCGAGCCCGGACAGAGAGCGGGUGUCCCCGGCGGGCAGAGCCGCAGGAGAGCGUCGUCUCCCGGCUGGGAACAAAGCGCCAGGUCGGCUCUGAGAAGUAUGGCGAGCGGAGCUUAACGGAGACCGCUUCUCACCGCGACCCGCGAACCAGGCCGAUUUCAGCCUCAUGUCCUCCGAAUGUGAGGGACGGCCGGAUGUCUGCCAAACGCUUGUGGGGCCGCACCAGAGAUGAGGGCCCCGAGCAGAGGGGGGGUCCCGUGCAGAAGCGGGUCCCCGAGCCGAGGGGGGGUCCCGAGCCGAGGGGGGGUCCCGUGCAGAAGGGGGUCCCCGAGCCGAGGGGGGUCCCCGAGCAGAGGGGGGGCCCCCGGCCCGGUGCCGAGCCAGGGAGGAGCGCACAGAGGAGAGCCGGGUCCUCCGCCUUUCCUUCCUCCCUGAGCUGGGACUCCGACUCUGAAAAGGAAACGCUAGAUGAGGAGGAGCUACAGCACUUUUCUAACCCUCACGGUCUGGCUGCUCACAGCCCAGGAUCUCCUUCUUCUGGACUCAGACCUGAUAGUGAAGAUGACCAAGAACCCAAAAAGCAGCACUUGCGUAGCGAGACUAACGCGUCCCCGCCUGUGGUGGGGCACGACAGAAACAAUGAGAGCACAAAGACAGCAGAGCCAAAUACGUCUCAGCCUGGCCCGACAGACCUGGCAGAUGGCGACGUGUGGAAUGUAUCUGAGGGAGCCAAGCUGUUGAUGUCCAAAGUAAAACCAAAGGAAGGUUGCCAAAUGGAGGAGGAGGAGGAGGAGGAGGAGGAGGAGGAGGAGGAGGAGGAGGAGGAAGAAGAGGCUGAUUACAAUGAGGCCAAGAAGAGGCCCAAGGGGACAGAAACCACGGAGCCUGAGAGAGAUGUGUAUACCUUCCCUGGAGACUCCGACCCCGAGAGUCCCCCUCCCGCUCCCUGGGCUCAUUGUACAUUCAUUCAGCGGUGCAGAAAGAAGAGGGUGCUCCUCAGGCCCUUCUCUGGACUCGGCACCUUGAAGUCGCCCGAGACUGACAGGUGGGCAGGAGCUAGUCCUCCGAAAUCCAAAACCACCGAGACGGCGCAGCUGAAUCGGGGUGCAGGGGUUUAUGAGUUUGAGGAGGCGGCCGUGGAAGAACCGAAAAGAGACCAAGAAGAAAUGGGGGUAGAGCCAGGCAAAGAGAUCUUCACCUGUGUGGAGUGUAGCAUUUACUUCAAAAAGCAGAUCCACCUGCAGGAGCACAUAGUGGAGCAUUGUCAGAGCGCAGGUGCAGCGGGGGGCACGCGUUUGGGAAAGACCGGCCGUUUCCGAUGUGUUGAGUGUGGGUGGAACCUGCCGAAUCGGCCCGCGCUGUCAGACCACCACAGACGGCACCAGGAGUCCCGCCUGAAGAUCUUAGGGGAGAUUGAGAAACUGAAUAAAAAUGGCAGCGCGAGAGAGAUCGUGAAGCUCGACAGUAAGUCGGGAAAGCACAGAAGCUCGGACGCAGCUAUUACGCAAGAUGCGAGCCCAGCUUCGAUUCCAGACAAAAUGUCGGACCCAGAAUUAGUCGCGUCUCCACCUCUUUCCCCGGUUUCAACACCAGACGCAGUCCCAGCAGUUCUUGACGCAACUCCUCCGAAUUCGAUUCGCACUCCAGCUCAACCCCGAGUUGUUUCCGCAGGCCGACGCCGCUUCAUCUGCACCAAGUGUAACUUCAGCACAAGAACCCCCCAGGCGCUGGCUAAUCACAGCAAGACCCACAACAGGAAAAGUCCCGCUCUCUCGGCUGACUCCCCAUCAUGUUUGGCGUCCACCUCCCUGGCCUGUGGUCACUGUGGUUUGCUGACCUCAUGCCAAACUGCAAUGAGGGACCACCAGAAGCUUGUCCACCCUGGACAGGCGUCCGUCAGCGGGGUGCAGGCCCAUGAAACUAGCCAGACUAUGGAGUCUGAACGUUCCUCUGGGCCGGGAUCUGGAUCCUCGCCCAAUGCAACUCGAGGCAAAAGCCAGCCAAAAGCCGCGGCCUCCGCAGACGGCGCUGUCCCCCCGAGCCAGGUGGUCUUGUCCGGGUGCGCUGGGAACGGGAGACUCCGCAGAAGAGGGAAGACUUGGACAGAUCUGGACAAGUUGCUGGACGAUGGCAAGCUGACCAGGAGUGAAGAAGAAGAGCAGGACAAAGAUCAGGGCACACAACACGACAACAACUCACCUGUCGGAGGGAUACGGCAAACCAGAUCCCGAUCCAGCACAGGUGAGGGGGAGGAAGAGGAUGAGGAGCAGCUUCCAGCUCUGGAUGCUCUGAACUCGGGGAGAACCGACCCAGAUGGACCCCCUCCUGGAGAGGAUGCAGACUCCAAGGCCCACGACUUGAAGUGCGAGGUGUGUGGCGCUGCGUUUGAGACCCGGCGGGGCCUGUCCAGCCACGCCCGCUCCCACUUGCGCCAGCUGGGCGUCAGCGUGUCGGAGACCAGCGGCGCCCCCAUCGACCUCCUCUACCAACUCGCCAAGGAGCACGGCAACGCGGACGGCCAGACCGGCUCGUCGCCCCCCCUUCCGACCCGGAGCCCCUCGCCAUCAGAUCCUCGGAAAGAUGAGGCGGUAGGAGACAUGGACCUAGACGAGAAACCCGUCCCUCUCUCAGUCCUGGCCAAAGCAGUGCCGCCGCCGCCGCCCUCCUCCUCCUCCUGCUCCACGCCUACGCCUCCUCCCGGCGCCUCUCCGGCUCCGCAUCCCCGUCCCGGCUCCCCUCCCUCAGUGGUGAGGAAAGCCCCCAUCUCCUCUCUGCUGCCGGUGUCGUCCCUGCUGCGCUCCGGGGAGCACAAGGCCGCGGGAAUGAAGGGCUUGAUGUCCAACAUGUCCGCCUCGGCCGCCGUCGCAGCCAAACCCAUCUGGGCGCCGCAGGAGGACGACGCUCCGCUCAACCUCACGCUGGAGGUGAACCCCAACAAGGACAUCGUUUGCCAGCUGUGCGGCGCCUGGUUCGAGACUCGGAAAGGUUUAUCCAGCCACGCACGAGCCCACCUCCGCCACUUCGGCGUGGAGUACUCCGAAUCCAAGGGCUCCCCCAUCGACCUCCUGAACCAGCUCAUCAACACGGACGACUUCAAGCACAAAGCCGGCUCGCUGCAGCUGGAGCCCCGGGGCCCCGCCGGCCCCAAGCAGCCCCCGCACGGCCUCUCGCCCCCCCCGUCGCUCCUCUACAAGGUGACCACGGCCGGGGGAGGGUCCGCAUCCAAAGCUACCUCUUCCUCCUCGCUGCUCCUCGGCCCGCCCCCCAAACGGCACAAGUCCUCCGCCGUGAGGGUCUUCCGUCUGAGCAGCGGCGAGCUCAUGGCUCUUCCACAAAGCGACCCUCCGAAGGAAAUCGGCUGCGAGUUCUGCGGGGAAUACUUCGAGAACCGCAAAGGCCUCUCCAGCCACGCCCGCUCCCACCUGCGCCAGAUGGGCAUCACCGAGUGGUCGGUGAACGGCUCGCCCAUCGACACCCUGCGGGAGGUCAUCACCAGACGGGGCCUGCCUUGCGCUCUGCCUCUCAAACCUCUGAAGACUCCGCCUCCGUCCUCUCCGGGGCCGCCGCGCUCCCCUCUGCCGGCCUCCGCCUCUCCCUCGGCGACCCUCCUCGGUCGGCUGCCCUUUGCCUUCGCCCGGCCCUCCAGCCCCGCGCCGUCCGCGCCGUCCAAAUCCAGCUCGGCCACGCCGCCGACGUCGUCUGGCGGGCUGAUCCUCAAGCUGAAGCCCGAGCCGGUGCAGCUGGACGUCACGGCGCCAUCCAGGGCCGCGGGGAGGUCCGCCGGCCUCUCCGGUGAAGCUCUCAGCUGCAGCUGGAGCAGCUCCGACACGGUGUUCCCCCUCAACCUGGCCAUGUCCCACGAAGUGGAGCCUACACGAGACAUCCGCUGCGAGUUCUGCGGGGAAUACUUCGAGAACCGUAAAGGCCUCUCCAGCCACGCCCGCUCCCACCUGCGCCAGAUGGGCAUCACCGAGUGGUCGGUGAACGGCUCGCCCAUCGACACCCUGCGGGAGGUCAUGCACAAGCGAGGGGGGGGGGCCUCCUCGCACUCGGACCAGGGGGUGAAGAAGGAGGCGAGCCACGGGGCCAGCAGUCCGCUCUGGGACAACGCCGAGGGUUUGGGGGUCUCCGGCUACCAGUCGGGCGCCAAAUUCCGGAAAUCGCCGCUCAGCUUGCUCCAGUCGGCGCCGCGGCUCCUGAAGCACGGCCUGGGGGCCGCGGCGGCCGCUAUGCCUGAUGGGAAGUUUUUCCGGCUGUCCCCGCUGGGGAAAAGGCCCCUGUGUGACGAGGGCCAAUCGGCGGAGAGCGCCCACUCGCCGCCACAUCGACCGAAGACUUUCUCGCCUCUGCCGCACGAUUUCUCCUUCAAAAGGAAACCCUCGCCAGACAAGCACGGACACCAGGAUCCCAGUUGCGAGCUGUGCGGCUUCUACUUCGAGAACCGUAAAGCUCUGGCCAGCCACGCGCGCGCCCACCUGCGGCAGUUCGGCGUGACGGAGUGGUGCGUGAACGGCUCCCCCAUCGAGACGCUGAGCGCCUGGAUGCGCAGCCGGCCGCAGAAGGUGCUGGAGAUGCAUCGCAGCUACAUGCAGGGCAACCGCUCCACCCUGAAGAAGAAGAGCACCUCUCCUCUCACUGCAUCAGCGGAUCCUGACCACCUCCUCCCCAUCUCACUGCAGAAGGCCUCCUCUUCCUCCUCCUCCUCCUCCUCCUCCUCCCACUGGUCUUCUUCGUUGGCCCUGAGCCUGGUGCGGCCGCGGAGCUGCGACGUCAGCCAGGGCUCGUCCGCGGCCGCCGACGGUGACUCCGGCGCCGGCCUCCACGCCCCGCUCAGCCCCGGCCCGGCGAGGCUCGCCGCCGGCCUCCCGCUCCAAGCUCAGGUGGCUCGCAGCGAGCUGAACGUCCGCCUGCCCAGAGGUACGUCACGCUACCACGUUUUGAUUUCGCUCCAGCGACACGGUCGGAUAGGCUACGUGUCGUUGCUGUCCGGCUGA